UUUUAUUUUCCAACUGAUCUUCCAAAAAACCUCAAAAGGUUGACACUUAGUGGAACUUUUCUUCCAUGGGAGGACAUGUACAUUAUUGAAAGGUUGCCAAACCUCGAGGUUCUCAAGCUAACAAAAUUUGCUUUCAGCGGUCCAAAGUGGAAACUUGAAGAUGGCAGCAAGUUUGGGUGUUUAAAGCUCUUGCUUAUUGCAGAUUCAGAUCUAGAAUACUGGGAAGCAACUCAUGAAAAUUUCCCAGUCCUAGAGCGCCUAAUCCUAAAAGUUUGCUGGGACUUGAAAGAAAUCCCAGGUGAUUUUGAAAAUAUCUGUACACUAAAACUAAUACAGCUAGACAAUUGUUAUUCUUCCCUCGUGGAAUCUGCAAAGAAAAUUCAAGAAGAUAGCAUGAUGUAUGGAGGCACACUUGUUAUUCGUGAUCUUGAAACUAAGGAUGGAUUGCUAAAUAAAAAAAGCUCUGAGAAAAUGGGAGCUAAGAUGAUGGAAAUGGAUAAGAAAAUGAAAGCUAUUGUGGGAGAUGAAGAAGCUUUGAUGGAAGUAGAUGAGAACUUGAUGAUUCUAUCAAUGAGUAAAACCGGUGAAAGCCAAGGUACAAGAAGAAUUCAAGAUUGCUGAAGUCUUGCAAUGCCAGACAAAUCCUCAAGAAGCUGCAAGUCCAUUGUGAGCAAAUUUCUCUCUAAUCUCACCUUGAUUUAAGUUUUGUGUGUUUUUCCUCUGCUGUUCUUGAAUGUUCAGACUCUCCUGUCACAGACAUUCACUGUGAUUGUUAUCUAUGUUACUAUGUAUAUUGUAAUUAUAGUCUGAUGUUCAUGUCAAAAAUUCUAUAUCUCCAGAAUUAGUUAGUCUGUAUUAGAACCAAGAUUGAAGAUUGUUCCCACUAUUUCAUAAAUCUUUGAUUUUGAAAAGGAUGUCAUAUU